AUGGCUCCAAGGCAAGGAAAUGGCAUCCGCAUCGCCAUCGACCGAGGCGGCACCUUCACGGAUUGUGUAGGCAAUCCCGGCACCGGGCGCAUGGAAGACGAUAUCAUCAUCAAGCUGCUCUCUGAAGAUCCGUCCAACUAUGCCGAUGCGCCGCUCGAGGGCAUCCGCCGCCUGCUCUCCAAGUUCGAGCGCCGGGAAAUCCCCCGCGGCGAGCCAAUCGAUACGUCCAAGAUCGAAAGCAUCCGCAUGGGAACAACCGUCGCCACCAAUGCUCUCCUGGAGCGAAAGGGUGAGCGCAUGGCCGUGGUCGUCACCAAAGGAUUCAAGGACUGUCUUCAGAUUGGAAACCAGUCACGGCCCAAGAUCUUUGACCUGGCCAUCCGGCGGCCGGAUGUGCUCUACGAAAAGGUGAUUGAGAUUGACGAAAGAGUGACGCUGGAAGACUACACAGAGGAUCCCACCAGGCAUACAACCGCUGCCGUUCCGCGGGACCAGGCUCCUGACGGGGCCGAAAUCGUGCGUGGCUUAUCCUCAGAAGCAGUCAGGAUUCUACAGAGGCCUUCCGAAGACACCGUAAGGAAGCAGCUUCAGGGCCUCUACCGCGAUGGCUUUAGGAGCAUUGCCGUGUGUUUAAUUCACGGCUAUACCUUCCCAGACCAUGAAGCUCUUGUGGGCAAGGUCGCCAGGGAAAUUGGAUUCACUCAUGUCAGUUUAAGUCAUGAAUUGAUGCCCAUGAUCAAAUUGGUUCCUCGAGCUACCUCUGCGUGUGCCGAUGCCUACCUGACGCCCACGAUCAAAAAAUAUAUCUCAAGUUUUCAAGCGGGCUUUGCCGGUGGGUUAGGUGUCCAGAGUGUCAAGGAAAGCUCGGCAUCUGAAGCAGCCCGCUGCGAAUUCAUGCAGUCUGAUGGCGGCCUGGUCGACGUAAGCGAGUUUUCGGGUUUACGUGCGAUCUUGUCAGGCCCCGCUGGUGGAGUAGUAGGUUAUGCGCUGACCAGCUAUGAUCCGAAAACCGACAUUCCAGUCAUCGGGUUUGACAUGGGCGGUACAAGUACCGACGUCAGCCGCUAUGGUUCCGGUCGAUAUGAACAUGUCUUUGAAACCACCACUGCAGGGGUCACAAUACAGUCUCCCCAGCUGGAUAUCAACACUGUUGCCGCCGGAGGAGGUUCACGCCUCUUUUAUCGCAACGGACUAUUCGUCGUCGGUCCAGAAUCUGCCGGCGCACAUCCAGGCCCUGCCUGCUAUAGAAAAGGAGGUCCGCUGACGGUCACGGAUGCGAAUCUGUUCCUUGGCCGGUUGCUACCAGAUUUCUUCCCAAAAAUCUUCGGCAAGAAUGAGAACGAAGGUCUCGAUGAGGAAGUUAGCAGGCAACUAUUUGAAGAGAUCACGGCCAAAAUCAAUGCUGAAGCCUCUGGGACAAAAAUGACCCCGGAUGAGGUAGCAUACGGCUUUAUCAAAGUUGCCAACGAAACAAUGGCGCGGCCCAUUCGGUCGCUCACAGAGGCUAAAGGGCACGAUGCUUCAAAGCAUCGCCUUGCAACAUUUGGUGGCGCAGGCGGCCAACAUGCGGUUGCCAUUGCGAACAGUCUCGGCAUCAAGCAAAUUUUGGUGCAUCGUUACUCGUCAGUUUUGUCGGCAUACGGCAUGGCCCUAGCCGAUGUUGUGGACGAGAGUCAGGUUCCAGAAUCCAAAGUAUGGUCCGAUGAUGAAACCGUGCGAAAGGAGCUUAGGGGCAAGAUGGGCGAAUUGAAAAAGAAAGCUGUUGAAAGACUGAAGGAUCAAGGCUUCAAAGACGAAUCGAUUGUCUUUGAAGAGUACUUGAAUAUGCGAUACAGAGGAACUGAGUCAGCAUUGAUGAUUAUCAAACCAGAUCAAAAGGAUAUUAAAGGAGACGAUGAUUGGGCGUAUGGAGACGCAUUCAUCCAACAGCAUGAACAGGAAUUUGGAUUUACCCUCCCAGACCGGGAUAUCAUCGUUGAUGACAUCCGCGUUCGAGCCAUUGGUAAAAGUUUUGAUGACCUUGGAAAGAGUGUGGAUGAGCAGUUACAAGACUUGAAGCCGAGGGACGUAGAUUCCUCCAAGCAGUAUAGCACUAAACAGGUAUAUUUCGAAGGAGGACGCCGCCAAACCCCAAUUUUCAAGCUUGAAGCCCUGGAAGUCAAUGACCGCGUCUGCGGCCCUGCCAUUCUCGCUGAUGGAACACAAACGCUGGUGAUCACACCUGGUGCCACUGCUUUAAUUCUCAAGACUCAUGUUGUCAUCAACAUUGGCUCCUCAGAAGGCGCCGAUUCCAAAUCAAGUGCGACCCAACUGGAUCCAAUCCUACUGAGUGUCUUUUCCCAUCGGUUUAUGGCAAUCGCAGAGCAAAUGGGCAGAGCACUGCAAAAGACCAGUGUUAGCACAAAUGUUAAAGAACGGCUAGAUUAUUCCUGUGCCUUGUUUGAUUCAGAUGGAGGACUUGUUGCCAAUGCUCCACAUCUGCCCGUCCACCUUGGAAGCAUGUCCACCUGUGUGCGCACGCAAGCAAAUAUUUGGAAAGGAAAAUUGAAGCCUGGCGAUGUCAUUGUUUCCAAUCACCCGGAAUUCGGAGGCACUCAUCUUCCUGAUAUCACGGUGAUCACGCCCGCUUUCAACGGGGAUGAGAUCAUCUUUUACGUUGCCUCAAGGGCUCACCACGCGGAUAUCGGAGGUAUUCUCCCAGGGUCCAUGCCGCCACAUUCUAGGGAAUUGUAUCAAGAGGGGGCGGCGAUCAAAUCCGAAAAGCUUGUAUCUGAAGGCAAAUUCAACGAAGAACGCAUCACGGAACUUUUGUAUCACGAACCUGCACAGUAUCCAGGCUGCAGUGGAACGCGAUGUCUCGCUGAUAACCUGAACGACCUUAAAGCUCAGGUUGCUGCAAAUCAAAAGGGAAUCAGUUUGAUCUCUGCUUUAAUUGCAGAUUAUGGGGAGGAUGUAGUGCAGUUCUAUAUGAGAAGUAUUCAAAAGAACGCCGAACUGAGCGUUCGUAACCUGCUGAAAACAGUCAGCAAGAGGUUUGAAGGAGCUGAUCUGACUGCCAUCGACUAUAUGGACGAUGGAAGUCCUAUCCAGCUCAAGAUAUCUAUUGAUGCCGAAGAUGGCCGAGCGGUAUUUGAUUUUGAAGGGACUGGUCCAGAGGUUUACGGAAAUAUCAAUGCUCCCGAAGCCGUUACUUAUUCUGCUAUAAUAUAUUGUCUGAGGUGUCUGAUUUCGGAGGAUAUACCUCUCAACCAAGGCUGUUUAAAACCUAUUGAGGUGAAUAUACCGAAGAAUUCAUUCCUUUCGCCUUCCGGAAAGGCCGCUGUUGUUGGAGGCAAUGUUUUAACGAGCCAACGAGUCACAGACGUUAUCCUGAAAUGUUUCCAAGCAUGCGCAGCAUCACAAGGCGACACAAAUAACUUGACGUUCGGUUUUGGUGGUAAUCUCAACGGCGGAGAAGCCACCAAGGGAUUUGGCUAUUAUGAAACCAUUGCAGGUGGAAGCGGCGCCGGGCCCGACUGGGAAGGUACAUCAGGCGUUCACACACACAUGACCAACACUCGCAUCACAGACGCCGAAGUCUUUGAGCGCCGAUACCCGGUCCUCCUCCGGGAAUUUAGCUUGAGACCAGGAUCCGGGGGAAAAGGCCAACACUGUGGAGGCGACGGUGUGAUCCGAGAUAUUGAAUUCAGAAUCCCGGUCCAAGUAUCCAUUCUUUCGGAGCGAAGAGUUUACCAUCCCUAUGGCCUCAGCGGGGGUGGAGAUGCUCAAUGCGGUCAAAAUAUAUGGGUUCGGAAAGUCGCCAGCAAAGAGGAUCCGGACAAAUGGGAAGAAAGAUAUGUAAAUUUGGGCGCGAAAAAUACCGCGGAAAUGCAGCCGGGAGAGAGAAUCAUUGUGAAAACCCCUGGAGGCGGCGGAUGGGGGAAAGCUGGAUCAGAGAAAGCGGUCCGAAAGGAUCAGGACCCGCGACACGCGUGGAAGGGAGGGUCUCUGGCAAGUCGGAUUGAAACGCAGGAAGCCAGCAUGUGA